AUGAGCGGUGCCGUGAUGUUGUUUGCCUGCUCCAAAUGCUUCUCACGCCAUCCGUUCGAGGAGUUGUCUCCGGGCCAGCAGCUUUGCAAGGACUGCCGUGGAUCGUUUCCGGUGGUAAAGUGCACCUACUGUCGCUCGGAGUUCCAGCAAACGUCCAAGGGUAGCACGUCGGCUAUCUGCCGGAAGUGUGAAGCGAAUGUAAAGCAGUAUGGAAAACCAUCCGCCUGUGAGCUCUGCAACAUCAUUGCAGCAUUCAUCGGAUCCAAAUGCCAAAGGUGUACAAACUCCGAGUUAAAAUAUGGACCAGCAGUAACGUGCGAUCAGUGCAAACAGCGGUGCGCCUUUAAUAGGCCCGAUUAUAAGGUUGAUGGCAAGUUACUAUGCUGGUUGUGCACGCUGUCUUAUAAACGCGCCCUCACUAAAGCCCGCCAGGUAGAGAGCGAACGGCGAAGGGCCAAGAAACGAGCGGCAGAAGGAUCUUUCCCGCCUCCACUCAGCGGCAGUGGAACGACCGGUGGUGGCAAUGAUAGGCGCGAUCGGAUGCACGAAAAGAUGGGUAAUGCUGGUGGACAGGGUAAUAGUGGAGGAAUGAAUCUACCAGGCGGUGGCAGUAUGUCCAGCCUGCCACCACUCGGCGAUCUGAACAUGAAUCACGGCGGACCAAUGGGAGGACCGGGUGGUGUCGGUCCGGCCGGUGGUACGGGUGUUGAUCGCAUAGACAGUGGUGGUCCCGGGGGUGGUGGUGGUGGUAACAGUGGCGCUGGCGGUGGACGAAACGAUAACGGCAGACAUUCGUCCUCCUCCAGUAAGAAGCCUCGCUCCGAUACGGGUAAAAUGGUACCGGAUAUGCCGACCGAUAAGCUGCUAAUGAAGAGCGCCAACAGUGGCAGCGGCGGCAGUGGCGGUUACGUCGAUCCUCACAGCUCCGAUCACGUGAUUGCGAUGACGCAGCUGAAGGAAACGAUAGCAACGCUGCAGCGAAAACUAAAACAGAAGGAUGGCGUCAUACUGGAAAAGGAGAAAGAGAUCAGUGCCUGGAAGGGUAAACACUUUCAUCUCGAGCAGGAAUUGAUGAAGAAGUAUAAAGACAUGGAGAAGAACUACGAGUUCAAGCUGGACGUGCUCAACAAGAAGCUCAAAGCUCAACUGCUCGAGAUCGCUGCACUGUCGAAGGCGGUCAAAGAGCGGGACGAGAGCAAAAAGAAGAAGGUGGUGGUUAGCGGGUAUCUGGCUACGACGAAGCUUAGCAAAAUAAGUAAAUCAUCCGGCGAUUCGAAGGACAGUUCCGAUAAGGAGAAGUCUUCGUCGACGCUCGGUCGUACCGGUGGCGGUCGUAACCGUAUGCUCGACGAUGACGAUGAUGAGGAAGAGGAUGAAAAUGGCAGCAACAAAGAGGACAAGGAAAAUGACAGCGAAAAGGGUUCCGAUAAGGGUGGCUCUGGGAGGAAUACACCGCGCGACAGUGGCAAGGAUAGCCCGCGUGAUGUGGAUUCUGGCAAGGAAAGCCCCCGGGAAUCCGACAAAGAGGACGAGAGCGAGAAGAAAAUCAUGAAACGAGGCAUCGAACAACAGCAGCAAAUGCAAAACGAGGAUUCGCAAAAUGCGUCAGAAACACCGUUGGAAGCGUACGAGCAACAAGCAAAAGCAAACAAGAGCAAUGGUUCAUCGACCAAGGAUGAGGACGAUUCCGACCGGGAAGAGGAGAAAGAUGACCGCCGUAGUUCGGAUCGCGGAUCGGAGGACGGUUCGGAACAGUGUUCGGAACGUGGUUCAGACCGGGGCGGAUCCGGUCGUGGUUCAGAUCGAAGUGACAACGAUUCAGACAAGGAGAGCGAUCGAGAGGAUCAUUCCGACAAGGGUGGAAGCGAUAAAGAUAGCGACCGAGAGGGUUCAAACAGUGGGUCCGAGAGCGAUCGUGAUUCGGAUUAG